GCCGACCAUCGCAAUACGACCGGGGCAGCGCCUACCAGUGCAUCGCCGAGAACAGCUCAAUGGGCUCCUGCACUCCUUGCAAGAAACGGGAAAGCAAAGCCAGCAUGAACAAGACCUCCAAGUUACUGUCCACCAGUGCCAAAAGGAUUCAGAAGGAAUUGGCAGACAUCACACUGGACCCUCCGCCAAAUUGCAGCGCCGGGCCCAAGGGAGACAACAUCUAUGAGUGGCGCUCCACCAUCCUGAGACCCCCGGGCUCCGUGUACGAGGGAGGAGUCUUCUUCCUGGACAUCGCUUUCACGCCAGACUACCCCUUCAAACCCCCAAAGGUGACGUUUCAGAGCCCCCGGCUGUCCGCCCAGUCCGCCACCGCCCCGCCGCCCAAGAAGGGCCGGAAGAAGUGGACACCCUUCUUGGACGAGGUUCUGACCAAGGCCGUGAGGAAGCACGGCGAGGGCAACUGGAAGCGCAUGCUGCUGGACCACGACUACAACGGCCGCACGGGCGUCAUGCUGAAGGACCGCUGGAGGAUCCUGAAGAGGGACACCGUGGCCUGA